CAUGCACACAGAAUGACAUGGUACUAGCACUAGAGAGCUCACUGGAGAGCUUGACCUGGCACCGCUGACUGAGCUGCAGGAUGGAUCUUUGAUAAUAUAGGAUAAGCAGUAUUUUGGUACGCUGGAGCAGACGAUGUGACGAUGAGAAGUCUGAGGUUGCUUUAAUUUUGAAAACAACUAAGAGCAUUGAAGCUGGACUAUUGAAAGAAAAACAGACAGAUGGAGAUGGAGACGAGCGCGAUGCCUCCAAAGGCCCCGAGGCCCACAGUAGAAGAAGACGAACUGGCCUCCCAGGUAUUGGAGAUCAUCGGUGGGAUCACUCUCGCGGCCCUCCAGAGCCUGGAGGAGCCUGGAGAAAGAGAUGUGUGGUUGAUGGAGGAAGGAGACGACUCCGUGUUCUACAGUGACGAGGACAUAACAGCAAACACAUCUCGUGGUUUUGGUGCCAACGAGUGCGAGCACCUAGUGGAUGAUCCGGGGGAAGAAUCCAUUAUUGACGAAGAAAUUGCGGAGUUGGAGAAGGACGUGACUCAGCAGGUCAUUCUGACUGAACGAGAAGAGGAACGGCAAAAGCUCCUGACACCAAAAACUGAACCUAUGGAUCAGUCAGAUCCAGGAGCACGGUCUGAUCUAACUCCAGAGAAGUUAGUGAGCACCUGUGGAGAGUCUCUAAACAUGCAAACACAGCAAAAUACAUCAGCAGGAAAAGCAAAUCUACCAGUUGAGAAAGAAGAAGUGAUACCAAACCUUGGACCCUUUAAUAAAGAGGGUCAUACAAGACUGAACAGGGAGGCAGACGUCCCAGAGCAGAACUCUAGUGCUGAUCUCCAGAUAUCACGUGACAGGUGGCAGCAUCAGGUGGAGCCACAACCGGACCACAACAUCCAUCAAAUCCCCAGACCAGUCUACUCCACUCUGCCUCUGCCCAAGAAAUCCUGUGACGGUGCCGCUGGACAGCAGGAAUCCUUCAACCACCUCUCCUCCUCCAAAUACAGCACCGUGUCCUACCGCAAGAUCCGCAGAGGCAACACCCGCCAGAAGAUAGACGACUUUGAGUACAUGAUCAUGAAGUUGUAAGAUGGUUUUAAUAAAUUUAAAAGGAACAGUGUGUAACAUUUAGGGGGGAUCUAUUGGCAGAAAUGGAAUAUAAUAUUAAUAAGUAUGUUUUCUUCAGUGUAUAAUCAACUGAAAAUAAGAAUCGUUGUGUUUUUGUUAGAUUAGAAUGAACUGUUUAUAUCUACAUAGGGAGCCGGUCCUCUUCAUGAAGUCAUCACGUCGGCCACCGUAGUUCUCCUACAUGCGUGGAACAUGAGAGAAAUUUCAAUUGGUUGCAAUCUGCAACCUCACCGCUAGAUGUCGCCAAAUCUUUACACACUGCUCCUUUAAACUGCAGGACAUGAUCCAUAACAAAACUGAUUUACAUAUUUAUUUGUUCUAAAAUGUACAUAGUAAUGAAAAUCUCUGACGUAACUCACCAGGUCACACAAGAUGAUCCAAAUGAAGAGUACUAUUUAUAUCUGUGGUGUAGUAUCUGAUUAUCAUAUCACAUAUCUAAGAUUGUACUUUAUGUUUUUCAUUUUGAUGGUUUCGGGAUGAAAACAUCUUGUUAUGUAAAGCAGGUAUUUGAGCAGCAGAUUACAUGAAUAAGACGCUCAUCCUACUGGCUAUAAUAACUAAGAUGUUGUUUGGUGUUAGAGUUUCAGUAUCUUAACCUAUAAUUAUGAGUGAUUAACUAAACAUACAUACUUAAAUGUCCUAAUGGGAUAAAAAAUAAUAAUAAAGAGAUACGUGCUAUUAAA